GCCCGCGGCUCCGUCGCCACUCCUCCCUCCGCCUUUACAGCCGCCGGCUCGCCCCCCCCCCCCUGGCGCCGCCGUGACAAGCCUAGCUAGCAAGGCGCGAGCCAUGGCGACCUCGGGACGGAUCGAACUGGACAAGCUGAGCGUGGAGCAGCUCAAGGAGCAGACGGAUCUGGAGGUCAACCUCCUCCACGACAGCCUCAACAAGAUCCGCACGGCCAUCACUCGCCUCGAGAGCGCCUCCGCGGCGCUGCAGGACCUAUCCCUCCGCCCCCACGGGAAGAAGAUGCUUGUGCCGCUCACGGCGUCCCUCUACGUGCCCGGCUCGCUUGACGACGCCGAGAAGGUCCUCGUCGACGUCGGCACUGGUUACUUCAUCGAGAAAACCAUGGCUCAAGGGAAAGAAUACUGUGAAAGAAAAAUUAAUUUGUUGAAGUCAAAUUUAGAUGAACUGGCUGAGGUGGCUACGAAAAAGAAAGCCAUAGCAGAUCAGAUGGGUCUGCUGCUACAUGCCAAGCUGAGGCAAGGAUCGCCUGGCCCAAGUUCAUGAAAGCUCUGGAUGCAUGUCUUGUCUCCACCUUGUUGGAUGAAUGGAUGGUUUAGUUUGUAGCAUUAGGGAAGCACAGGGAAACGAUAGUUGCCUUUGUCAUGUGUGCAAAGCUACGGGUCACGGAUAAUUUGCUGAACCAACCUGCCACAUCAAACAUCAUCGAGUUAUUUUGAAGUUGGUUCUGAACAAACGUUGAGUAAUUUUGAAGCUAGUGUUGAACUUGCCGUGUAGAUUGGUUUUUUGUUCUCUCACACAAUGAAGCCAACGCUUAUGGCCAUCACUGUUAUGUUUGUUGCACCUCAAUGGUUAAUUUGGUUUUUAUUGUUGCCCAUCGAACUCUCAUGGGUUUGUCUA